UAUAGUUGUGGAUCCAAGUCCUUAACCUUUUUAUUCAAAGAGAAGGGACAAAAAGGUAAAAUCAGCCGUACAAAAUUAUAGUAUAUAAAAACCCGGGAGGAUCUAACCUCGUCGUCUCUGACGGCGCUAACGCAAAGUCAAUGCGAGUUAAAAUGGAUGACUCCGACGAAGACAUAAACCCUUUCACAUCCCUCCUAAUCAACCAAGAUGACAAACCAAAUGCAUUCACUACCAUACAAAACGAAGCACCAAACCAAGAGUUACUUCAAAACCAUUUCCUCCGUUCGAUUCAAUCAACGGUCAUCAUUCGCCAACUCCCAUCAGAGGGUCUCUCCUUUCAACUCUGGCCCGCCGCCACCUCUCUCGUCUCCCUCCUCGACAGCCACCGUAUCGACCCUUCCAACAGCCCUCUCUCCACCGUCCUCACAACAACGAACAACCCUCCGAGGAUCCUGGAACUCGGUUCCGGCACCGGCAUAGUCGGAAUCGUUGCCGCCGCCACUCUCGGAAGCAAUGUGACCAUCACGGAUCUCCCUCACGUGGUUGCCAAUCUCCAGUUCAACGCGGAGGCCAACGCGGGUGUUGUGGGGUCCAGCGGUGGGGUUGUUACGUGUGCGCCGUUGAGGUGGGGCCACGCUGCUGACGUGGAAAGGAUGGGUAGUGAGUUUGAUGUUAUCUUAGCGUCGGAUGUAGUGUACCAUGAUCAUCUUUAUGAGCCGUUGCUUGAAACGCUGCGUUUGAUGUUGGUGGGGAACAAGAUUGUGUUUGUGAUGGCUCAUAUGAGGAGGUGGAAAAAGGAGUCUGUGUUUUUUAAGAAGGCUAAGAAGCAUUUUGAUGUUGAUGUUUUGCAUGUUGACACUCCUUGUAAUGGUUCUAGAGUUGGUGUUGUUGUUUACCGUUUUGUUGGGAAGGGUUAGGAGGUUUCAAAAUACUGUAUCCCCAAGUUAUUAAUUGUCUACUCGAUUGAGUUUUGUUUAUUUUCCAAAUUAAGCAUGUUCAACCUUUGCUAAAUUCGGGUCUAAACCAAAAACUAUACACAAAAUGACAAUAAAAAAAUAUGAGGGGCCAUUUGAUUCAUAUGUCGGGUUUUUACGUGUCAAAUCUGAUCUGUUCUAAGAUUCCAUGCAGACAUGCUCCCCUAUUAUAUUAUUGAAACAUUUAGCACUCA